UCGCUCUUCUCGCUCUCCGCCGCUUGGUUGAUUCGACAGUAAUUUCUAAUUCCGCCUCGUGCUUGUUGCUCCUCGCCAGCCAGCCUGUGGAUCCAAAGAUUACGUGACCGUCUUUGACUUGGCCCGGCUUCAUCGCUGAGUCUGAAUUCUCACUCCCGCUCGCUUCCGACUCGGCAUUGCCAUUCAGUCCCGGCUUGGAGGUCGCUCAUUCACCAUCGUUGCGUCGGCUUCCGGAUGAUCAAGGACCAUCUCCGUCGACUUGACUUGACCGGCCGAUUCCGCUUCAGCUCGGCAGCGCACUCUGUCAUUCAUCCUCUACCCCAGGUAUAAUUGCUGUGCUUUCCCAGAGUUCUUUUGGUAAGGGCCCGUUUAGAGCGCUCUUGCCAGAAGUCCAGGGAACGCACAUUGCAAUUAGGCACCCUGGUGUGAUAUCGCAGAGCAUGGUUAAUCCAAGGAUACGACAGCCUCUUGGAGCCCUACUCACAAUCCCCAAGCAGCAGCCACGGCCCUUGUCUGCUUUCGAAGACUUCAAUGAAUCAUCAUACACACCGUACUCACGUCCGACUAGCUUCUCCUCUUCAUCCGAAGCAUCAUCUCCUCGAUACAACAUGACGGGUCGGCCUCCGACCCUCAACGAGAUUCUUCUCGAUACUGCACCUCCGCCAUGGAACCUGAGUGCCUUCAUGGCCUAUCUCUCCCAAAACCACUGCAUGGAGACACUGGAAUUCACACUCGAUGCUCAGCGCUACACCUCCGUCUACGAACAGUCCCUCGCCGACGCCACCCCCGCGGAUGACGGCAGAGAGAGGGUUUGUGCAUGGUGGGAGAAGCUGAUGCAGGUGUACAUAAUCCCUUGCGCCCCUCGCGAAGUGAAUAUUCCUGCCCAAGUUCGAGAUCGCCUACUUCGCGUGCCCUGUGGACCUAAUCCUCCUCACCCUUCCGAACUGGCCGAAGCUGGACGCAUCAUCUACGAACUCAUGAACGACUCCGUCUUGGUUCCUUUCUUGCAAUCCGUCGCUACUCCCGCAGCUGAACUGCAUCACGAUUUUCAUCUUGGAUCACCCAAGGCAUCAUCUGACCGAACAAUGGCCUCGAGUGGCACGGAUCUCGAGCCUUUGUCAGCCGACAGCGAAGGCAAUUCACCAUCAGUCACGGAACCCAUGACACCGCCUACCACGCCGCCCACCUCGGAAUGGACUUUCAGUGCCACUCAUGGAGGCUUUCACCGUGCGGUAGCAGCGCAUAACAAAGGCUGGAAAAAGGUUGGAGCAAAAUUGGGCUUCAAUCGCAAAAGCUCCAACCGGAGAACAACGCCCACAUCCUCGGGGCCCGAAUCCGGAGAGUCGAGUUAUAAUCCCAGUAGCCAUUCAUCAUUUUGAAAGAGUACCAACGUAUGCCAAGGAGGCCGAUUUGCAGCCACUCGUCGCUUGAUGACUCUUACGCGAGGCACUACCGAGUAGUCCGAUAUC